AUGUCCUUGAGUGAAAUAGUUGAGAAUGUAAAGCAAGCACGAGAACUGGCAUUGCUUGGAAACUACGAAAGUUCGUUAACGUAUUAUUCUGUUGGUCUUGCUCAGCUUAAGAAGUUCACUGUUUCAAUUUCUGAAGCGAACAGAAAACAACAAUGGCAAACUGUACGGCAAGAACUUAUAGAUGAAUAUGAAUUGGUUAAAGACGUCAACCAAACAUUGUCUAGUUUCAAAAUAUCUGAUGAUGACUCGGGUUUGAGUGCUUUUGCCAGUCGCUAUAAUUCCCGUUCAACUGUUGAAGAGCCAACCAGAGACCCAGAUGUUUGGCCACCUCCCCCUCCUCUCGAACGGAGACAUGGGAAUAGUUCUCAAAACGCUGGAUCAAAUAUUCAGCCAAACUCAGUUUCUAGCUCUUAUUAUAAGCCACCUGUUGCUCAUGCUCCAGUUCCUCCUCCUCCAUCCGUUAGCUCCAAGUCAUCUAUUAAUACUGCGGGAUCAUUUCGUCGCAAUAUCAAACCUAGUCCGACGAAUCCUCGAUCCAAGGGUACCGCUCAAACCUCUGCAAAUAAUCGUCGUGUCAAAUCUGGAUCUCAACCUACUGGGGAUACUACUACCACUGCUAACAAUAACAAUGAAGAGAAAUUUGAUGCUAGUGGAUACGACAAAGAUCUUGUGGAAACACUGGAACGCGAUAUUGUUCAACGUAAUCCAAAUGUUCGUUGGGAUGAUAUAGCUGCAUUAGAUGAUGCAAAACGUUUACUUCAAGAAGCUGUAGUUCUCCCAAUGGUUAUUCCGGGUUUCUUCAAGGGAAUACGUAGACCAUGGAAAGGAGUAUUAAUGGUUGGUCCGCCUGGUACGGGCAAAACAUUAUUAGCUAAAGCUGUUGCAACAGAAUGUGGCACCACAUUUUUCAAUGUUUCCAGUUCUAGUCUAACAAGUAAAUGGAGAGGUGAAUCAGAAAAAUUAGUUCGUCUUUUGUUUGAUAUGGCACGUUUCUACGCACCAAGCACAAUAUUCAUGGAUGAAAUCGAUUCAAUCUGUUCUCGACGUGGUGGUGAAUCAGAACACGAAAGUUCUCGGCGUGUUAAAUCUGAACUUUUAGUGCAAAUGGAUGGAGUAACAGGAGCUACAGGACAAGAAGAGGAUCCUACAAAAUCUGUUAUGGUUCUUGCUGCUACGAAUUUCCCCUGGGACAUCGACGAAGCUUUGCGUAGACGUCUUGAGAAACGAGUAUACAUACCACUUCCAAAUGUGACUGCACGCAAAACUCUACUGCAAAUCAACUUGAAAGACGUUCCAUUAGCAGAAGAUGUAGAUUUAGACAGUAUAGCUGAACAAUUAGAUGGUUAUUCCGGUGCAGACAUAACGAAUGUAUGCAGAGAUGCUUCAAUGAUGUCUAUGCGACGAGCUAUAGAAGGACUCUCAGUAGAGCAAAUUAAAGGUCUUAAUACUGCUACACUUAAUCAGCCGACACGAAUGGCUGAUUUCGAAGAAGCAGUCGGUCGUGUGUGCAGAUCUGUUUCAGCCAGUGAUGUCGAACGGUAUGAGAAAUGGAUGACAGAGUUUGGGGCUACAUGAACAGCUGAUUUACGUUUACCGAUGUGGACUUAUACCAUUCAAACAUAUUUGAUUGGCUUAUCCAGGUUUCUGCCUUGCAAAUAAAUGUACUUGAUUGUCAUAUCUCAAAUCUACGUAUCUCAAAUUAUCAGAUUAUAUGGAUACUACAUUCAUGGCUCAAAUGACUGAAUAACUGAAUCCAACCUUUCAAUUAAUUACGCUUUACAAUUGAGGAAAAAAUAUAUCAGUCGCCAUGUUUUCUUGUUGGUUUACAAUCAAACGUGUUGGUUCUCCUCUAUACUUCCUACCCGUGAUGGAUAUUUUUUCACUUUACACUAGGUAGAAUGUUUUUCAUUUGAUAAAUCUUGUAUGUCUUUCAGUUGUCCAAAAAUAGGCUAACACAAUCUUUGUUAAUAACUGUGUGGGUAUUUUUUAGCCACAUAUUCGUUCUAUAGAACUCCCCAGUGGAUUUAUUCUAUUGACUGUUUAAUUGAGAACCUGUGAAACAUUCCGACUGAGAACGGGAAAACGAUAAUUGAUUCUGUAAAAUCCCUUUCUAAUUAGAUAACUCCUUAUGAGUUGUAAAUCGAUUGUGUAGCAUCGUUGUAAUUGCAAAUGUAAUCAUUCAACACAAUUUCAACGAACAUUUUCCACAUUGAUUUCACUUUAAGACUAGAAAUCUUUUGAUCAGCUGUCAAUGUAACUGUGCUUUUCGGUCAUUCUGCAAUACCUUAAUAUCCA